AUGUCGGAUCAGGGGACAACCCCCAAAGGUGGCCCAUUCAAGGGCCCCAUUGCCAUUGGCAGCCUCCUGAGGACUCCACCUAGUGUCGACCCUAGCAACCGCCCCAGCCGGCUGGAGCGGACGCCCACCCCUCCCCAGAUGCCUGGCCCCUGCCCCUCCAUCAGGGCACCCACCUACCAUGGCAGUUUAACAGGCAUUGUGGAUCUUUGGCCCCGAGUGCCACAGCUGCUGGCUUCUCUCUUGCAGCUCCAGCUCCAAAAGUCCCAGUACCUGCAGCUGGGCCCAAGCCGUGGCCAGUACUACGGCGGGUCCCUGCCCAACGUGAACCAGAUUGGGAGCGGCACUGUGGAUCUGCCCUUCCAGACACCCUUCCAGUCCUCGGGCCUGGACACCAGCCGAACUACCCGGCACCAUGGGCUAGUGGACAGAGUGUACCGGGAGCGUGGCCGGCUCGGCUCCCCACAUCGCCGGCCCCUGUCAGUGGACAAACAUGGAAGGCAGGCGGACAGCUGCCCAUACGGCACCGUGUACCUCUCGCCACCUGCGGACACCAGCUGGAGAAGGACCAAUUCUGACUCUGCCCUGCACCAGAGCACAAUGACGCCCACCCAGCCAGAGCCCUUUACGAGUGGGUCCCAGGACACGCACCAGAAAAGAGUCUUACUGUUAACAGUCCCAGGAAUGGAGGAGACCACAUCGGAGACAGACAAGAACCUUUCCAAGCAAGCGUGGGACACCAAGAAGGCAGGGUCCAGGCCCAAGUCCUGUGAGGUCCCCGGAAUCAACAUCUUUCCAUCUGCUGACCAGGAAAACACUACAGCCCUGAUCCCCGCUACCCACAACACGGGGGGCUCCCUGCCUGACCUGACCAACAUCCACUUCCCCUCCCCCCUCCCGACCCCGUUGGACCCGGAGGAGCCCACCUUCCCUGCGCUGAGCAGCUCCAGCAGCACCGGGAACCUUGCAGCCAACCUGACACACCUGGGCAUCGGCGGUGCCGGCCAGGGGAUGAGCACGCCUGGCUCCUCACCGCAGCACCGCCCAGCUGGCGUCAGCCCACUGUCCCUGAACACGGAGGCAAGGCGGCAGCAGGCCCAGCAGGUGUCGCCCACUCUCUCCCCGCUGUCACCCAUCACUCAGGCCGUGGCCAUGGAUGCCCUGUCUCUGGAGCAGCAGCUGCCCUACGCCUUCUUCACCCAGGCAGGCUCUCAGCAGCCGCCACCACCACAACCUCAGCCCCCACCCCCGCCGCCGCCUGCGUCCCAGCAGCAGCCGCCCCCGCCGCCCCCGCAGUCCCCCCCAGAGAAUGCAGGCCAGCCACCGAUGGGGAUCGACAUUGCCUCGGCGCCGGCUCUGCAGCAGUACCGCACUAGCGCCGGCUCCCCAGCCAACCAGUCUCCCACCUCGCCCGUCUCCAAUCAAGGCUUCUCCCCCGGGAGCUCCCCGCAACACUCCUCCACCCUGGGCGGCGUGUUUGGGGACUCAUACUUUGAGCAGCAGAUGGCGGCCAGGCAGGCCAAUGCUCUGUCCCACCAGCUGGAGCAGUUCAACAUGAUGGAGAACGCUAUCAGCUCCAGCAGCCUGUACAGCCCGGGCUCAACGCUCAACUACUCACAGGCCGCCAUGAUGGGCCUCACAGGCAGCCACGGGAGCCUGCCUGACUCACAGCAGCUCGGCUACCCCAGCCACAGCAGCAUCCCCAACAUCAUCCUCACAGUGACAGGAGAGUCCCCUCCCAGCCUCUCUAAAGAACUGACCAGCACGCUUGCCGGGGUCGGUGAUGUCAGCUUCGACUCUGACAACCAGUUCCCCCUGGAUGAACUCAAGAUUGACCCCCUGACCUUGGACGGACUGCACAUGCUCAAUGACCCAGACAUGGUCCUGGCCGACCCGGCCACUGAGGAUACCUUCCGGAUGGAUCGUCUGUGAGCGGCACGCCCGGCACACUGCCACACCGCCGCCCAGCCCCUGGUUCCGUCACCCCACCGGUCAGUGGUCCCGACGGCACCUCCCUGAGCCCAGGGACGGCGGCGCUCCGUCCCUCGCAAACGGCCGAGCUUGUGAUUCUAAGCUUGCAAUGCCGCCAAGCGCCCCCUGCCCGCCGCCCCACCCCCGUCACCCCUCUCCCGCGUGAGGUCGCGCGUCGCCCCCGCGGACCCUCCCUGCUCUCUCGUCCCCCUGUAAGAUGCGGAAAGUGCUGGGCAGGGCCGCCGGCCUUGGGAGGGCGCUGUGCUCUGUGACGGCGGUGGGCUGAGGUGCAUCUUCCAACUGUUGUCCAGCUCUCACUGCCUUCCUUUGUCGCUGGUCCCCCCACCCGCCCGCAGCCCCCAGCCCGUGGUUAGGUAGCAAGCCAGCCCCACCCUUCCAAAAGGAGAAGGCGCCAGAGGGUGGGGGGUGGACAGGAAGUGAAAUAAACACUAUUUGGACUGCU